AGGCCUGACGACCCUGGCCCCUUCACUGCCGACUUCACUUAUCCUGAGACCGCCUCAGAUGCCGAGAUUUCCCUGCGCCGUGCUCCUUCAAGUAUGGAAGCCAUGCACGCCCUUCUUGGUCAGCAGUCGAUGUAUAGCAAUUCGGUACAAGCUCAGGCCGCCAUCGACCCCAGGCUGCUCCAGAUGCCAUCCCCUGCGCAUGAGCCUGUCACCAUCGAUACAUUCCAGUACAACUAUUCGGUUCCUACUUCCUUUGCCGACCCGCGGAUUAUAUCUGGGUCCUCCGACCUGUAUCUCCCCUACCAAGGUAUUUUUGCAGACAUCAAUGCACCGCUGCCGACCGACGCUGACCAAUCAUUCCAGGCGUGGAACUUUAUAUACAAUCAAGGCCCUGCAGCCCCGCAGGUGGACUUCGGGCUCGAGACCACUUUUGGCGACUCUAUGAUAUCCAGCCCUUUUCAUACCCUUACUCACGGCGCUCCUGCGGGACCCAGCGCUCUGCCAGCACCCGCCAGUAGCUCAAAGGAGCUACCCAAGAUGGUCAACUUGGGGCGUCUUGAUACCUUCAUGGCCUCCGACCCCGUCCUGCCGUCACAGCGCUGGGACAGUCUGAAAGACAAAGGCAUUAAACCUAAGGUAAGGCAACCCAGAAUUUCAAUGAGAGCUACCCUUUGUCCUACUCCCGCCGCACAAGAUAGCGAUGAAUGUGCAGCGCCUGGCACAUGUGCCCUGAUAUGUACACCGAAACCCCCGGCAAAAAGAAGAGGUCGUAUUCCUGGCACUGUCCUCGGAAGUACGCGGACAAACUUCACAACACACCAGCGCUUUGGCAUUAAGACAGCGAAUUGGAUUAAGAGUACUAUGCUCAGGGAUUACUAUAUCCUUAAAGUGACACAAGCCUUGAGAUUAACAGAGCGCCAGAUAAAGAGAAAGCAUGGCGAUCAAGAAACUGGAGCUGAUACCGACCUUCCUGUGGCAUGAAUAUCCCUCAAUUCUGCAUACCUACUUUAUAGCAUCUACAUUCGAAUACACAGUUUACAAACUUCAGAUUGCACCUGGAAAACAUUUUGUCCUGACGGUGCAUGGGGGUAUCGUUCGCCUGCUUGUCCGCACCUAGUUAUUCUUGGCAACAAUGCCGUAUACAAUGGCGACACUUGCGCAUCUACUGAUUGCCGGUAGAUUCCCGCCUUCAUUCCAGUCGAGUGGACAGGUUCCCUUUCCCUCUGCGAGCUUUUCUUCGCAUGCACUGAGAAAUAAAGAACGCCAACCACCAGCUCCUUUAUUAGAAAGCGGAUAGGGUUUCCUUUCAGGUACAAUAAAAC